AGACAAACACGAACACAAGACAGAAUAUGAGGGCGAUCGAGGUGUCUAACGUGAAGCUCUGGUCCUCCAGCUCAUUAGCAGUGGGUUUGAUAAAGGUCUCAUUACCCUCGCAGACGUGGACUCGUCCUCAUUUCUGCUGAUCAUUGAUCUCUGAUAGUCUUAUCAGCCUCAUAUAAAGCGCGUCCAGCUCCGGCUCUGUCUCACUGAUAGACGUUCAGCUAAAGCCUAAAGAUGAUGCCCGUGACCCAGCGUCUGCUCGUCCUGACCGCUCUGCUGUCUCUGCUGCUGGCCUUACAGGUCCAGACGGCACCCAUAGAGACUGACUGGGCGACCGGACUGAUCCACCGGGCCAAGCGCUCGUUACUCUGGCGAUGGAACACUCUGAAACCCGUGGGUUCUGGAUGCAGAGAUCAUUAUGAGUGCGGAACCAACUACUGCAGGAAACACACGUGCUCCUUCAAUAAAGCUCAACAGGCUUGACUGAGGAAUAAUGAUGAUGGCACCAAAUCAAAUGAUGGAAAACAAAAUGGCUAAAAUUGUGCAUCCCUUGAUUUCUCAAACAUCAUGACCUACAUCAAUCUGACAGAACAUCUAAAGACAGCAGAAGACUUUAUCUACAUCAAUCUCAAGACUGUAUUCAGGUGAAUCCCAUCAAGAAAUGUCCAGGUCAUAUUAACCUCCAAAAUCAGAACUGUUUUAAUUUAUUUGAUUUUGGGCUGAAAUAUGACCCGGCCUGUUCUUGACACAUUCACCUCCUCAGAAACCUCUCAGGAACACGUCUACAAGAACUCCAGUUUCAUCAUCGAUGUUUUAUAGUUGUACAGAUCUUGAUGAUGUGUAAAAUAUUAACUUUGCAUCUAUAGUUUCUGAUUCAGAUUCAAUGAGGCCGAGAUGUUUGAUCUGAUAAAAUACAAACACGCAUGGCAAAAUAAUCUGUAGCCAAUCUAUUUCAUUAUCAGCUGCAGCUUCCAGAAGAAUCAGGACGUAUUUAUUUUGUAAAUAUCAGACACAUAAAGUGAGAUGGUGUAACAUGCUUUAUUUUAUUAUUUUUUUGUUAAAAUGUUUUAUUGUUUGUCUCGGUAUUUUUGUUACAUUGAUAGUGCAAUAUUUUUUUAAGGAAAACAAAAACUAAAAAUGCUCACAUGAUGAAAUAAAUGCAUAAAAAAAUGAAUUUUAAAAAUGGAAUAAAUCAUGAACAUUCCUUUUUUAAACCUAAAACAGUCUGUUUUCAGCUAACAUCAUCACUGGGUCUUAAUUCAUAAACAUUUCAUAUUAUCAUUUCACAAUCAUAAUCAUGAGAUUUCCACCCUGGGAAAAGUGAAACUGAAAUCAGACCACA